CUUCCGCUAAAAAAAAAAGACACAAGUCUGCUUAAGUUCUUAAACGUCUAAAAUAUGGGGAAGAGGAAGGAAUCUGGUACAGAGGAAGAACUUAUCAUUGAUUCUCCUCCUGGAAGCUCACAUAAGAAACACAAAAAACAUAAGAAGAAGCAUAAAAAGAAAAAGGAAGGCGAUCUAGAAGAAUUGUCGUCACCAAAACCGUCCAUAAAACUUAAAUUGAGAAUUGGUGGUGAAACUUUGGGAACUAAAAGUGUUCAAACAGUAAAGAAAGAAUCAUCAGAUGAGUCACAAGAUCAGAUUAUAGAUGUCAUGAAUGAUUCCUGGGCAUCAACAGAAAUCAAAGAUGAAGAAAAAGUAAAGAAACCAGAUGUAGAUACAUCAGAUGAAGAAAAACAAUGGUUGGAUGCUCUGGAGAAAGGAAACUUAGAUGAUUCUGGCAUGCUGAGGAGAAGUAAAGAUCCUAAAUUGUUAACUGCCCGACAGAGAGCAUUAUUUCAUGGAGAUCAACAAGAAUUGAUGCAGCUACCGUCAGGUUAUAGGCAGGUGGAAUUAACAGAAGAACAAAUGUUAAAGCGACAACAGAGAGCAAAGAAAAGAAGACAACAAGCUCAUGAGAAAAGAGAAAAAGAUAAAAAACAAACACUGGACAGACUGCUGAAGAAACAGGAAUCUAAAAAUAAAUCAAUGAAGACCAAAAGUUCAAAGAAGAGUAAUGCUCCCAAAGUACAUUAUGUAAAUAAUCAUCAUGGUAUAACCAUCUCAGUACCAACAGGGAUACAGUUCCCUUUCACUGCAGAAAAAGCUAGUCCCUCAAAACCAAAGACACUAUGUGGUGUGAAAGGAUGUUCAAAUCUUAAGAAAUAUUCCUGUUCCAAGACUAAUGUACCUCUUUGUAGUUUACAGUGUUAUAAAACUAACAUAUCUGUGUGUAAUAGACCAAUCAAAAAAGAAGUUGUAUGAUGUUAGUUUUUUAGACAGCAUCUUUAGUGAUUCCAAGUUAAUAGAUAUAUUGAAUGAAGGAAAGAGCAACUUGUCGUAAAAUACUGUGUGCUCAUGUAAUUUUGCAAGUUGCGGAAUAAUGUGAACUUGUUUUCUCCUCUGAUUUAAUCAGGUAAGGAAACAACAAUUGAAGGACAUGUUAGUGAUGGUUGCAGGACUUGUUUUUGUUAAGAAUUAUUUAAACAUACAUGAUAUUGUUAAUGGUCCUGUACUAGUGCAGAAUAUGGACAGGGAUAGAGAGAAAUCCUGUGAAUGUGUGAUAAAAAAAAAUAAAUGAUGAAAUCAA